UCUUCCUUCUCUAUUUUAUUUUAGUUCUCAAUUUUGGUCAUGAAGAUUCAAUCAGCAGUCAUUCUAUUGACAGCAUGUUGGGCUCAAUGGACUCAUGGUUGUGGAAUGUCUGUUCACAAUGAGAUUACACAUCGAUCACUAGAGAUAUUCCAUCCUCAGUCUUCAAUAGAGGCCUUUUACAAAGCCAUAGUAACCAAACACACAACGUUUGCUCAAGCAGGAUCGUUUUUUCCCGAUUGGGGCUACAACUGCCUUGGAUACAGCCGACAGUCAGAGGAUGCACAUUGGCCGCCGUUUAUCAAGUCUGCAGUAGAAUAUGUACGAGAAAGCUACCCACGGUCAGAGUGGACAGAACCACAUGUUCAGGGAUUGAUCGCAUUUGUGUUUUCGAUAAUGUCCCAUGGUGUGGCAGAUGUAAAAUGGCAUAGCUUGGGUGGAUUAGAAGAAUACUUUAUACAUGCAAUGGCACAGAACGAUUUCUAUGGGAACAUAGACGAGGCUCACAAAGCAGCGGACACAGGGGCAGAAUUCACUUUGCGGCAUUCAAGUCGCCUGUCAUACAUGAGCGAUACUUGGCAAGUACCCCUCAUUGAUCUUAUCAACAUAUAUGCGCGGAUUUACGAAGCCACAAACGAGACCGCUCUUGUCCCAACAAAAGAUCAUCUUCAGCAUUGUAUGACUGCCGCAUUUGCAGCCGCAAAACUUGACGCCAAAUUAGGUCAUCAUAUGUUUGCGUAUUAUGGAUCCCAGAGUCCAUUCUUGAUCGAACAACUCAAUGAUUACCACAAAGGCGGGUUACAAGAUAUGUCAGCUAGUGUAGCUGAAUGUUAUAGUGACAUGGUUCAUGCAUUUGAAAACACGGAUAAUUUGAAUCACACCAUCUUGUGUGCUCAAUACUUUGACAGCACCAAUCUGCUGGCCGACAAGCCUCGUUGCGCAACUGUUACACAGCUCCCUGAAUAUUCUGCAAUAUGCCAGCCACUCCAGCACUACGAUCCCAAGCGGGGAAUCCUCACUCUCACCCUCCCAACCAACCAAUGCAAUAUCCCUCUCCCUGGCAAGAAACACAUUCCUUCUUUUCCAAGUUUAUCACAUUCGCCACUCAAACCGCUCGAGCCACUGUUCAGAUACCAAGACGGCGCUACAGACAACACACCCGCAGAAAAUGAGGGAAUAAGACACUGUAGUCCAUUAAGUAUCCCCGACCAAAAGAGCAGUAAUUCUGCACUAGCCCCUUUUGUCGUCACCCUCUCACUCCCGAUCUCAUCUGUGGCAAUUGGGCAUGAAACCGCAGUAGGUGACUAUGAUGCCGAUGGUCAAUUGGAUCUGGCUAUAUCUGCGCCUUAUCAUGACAAUAUUAUUCCUCUGGAUGAUGAUGAUUAUGAUGAUGACUAUGAAAUCAGUGGUGGUGAUAGUAGUAGAAGCAGCAGCAGUAGUAGUGGCAGUGAUAGAAGUAACCGUUCUCGUGCCCCUAAAUUGAUGGCUGGUGCUGUGUUUAUUCUCAACGACACACGUGCACGAUUCAAUAGGAUAGCUCAGCAAGACAAACACAUCAAGAUAAAUGAUAUCCGGAAACAAUCCCAGGUUGUCUUGCAAGGCAACGCCACUCAUGGUCGAUUUGGCUGGUCCAUGGCCACUAUUGAUUUCAAUCAAGACGGGGUCGAUGAUCUUGCUGUAGCUGCACCGUUUUCAGAUAACCUUCAAGGUCACGUAGACAUCUUUCUUGGAAAUCCAAGAAAAGGCCUUUCGUCUACUCCAGACAUUCGUAUCCGGGUCCAGGCUGUGGUGGGCCACAUUGAGGGUCUUGGGCUCAGCAUAAUGGGUUUGGAUCUUGAUGGAAAUGGAUAUCGAGACCUUGUUAUAGGAUGCCCUUAUUGCUCUGUACUUGACCAAAUUCAGGCUGGUGCUGUUUAUGUAUUCCUGGGAAGAAAAGGGGACCACGUAUCCAAAUCAGAUAUCUUUCCUGAUUGGGUCCUCACAAACCCUCAGCCAAUGCCAUAUGAGCAUUUUGGAAGUUCAAUAGACUUUAUACCCCCUCUACCACACACUGCAGGGCUAUUGCUGAUUGGAGCACCUGGUCAUAAGCAUUCCGAACUGCAACAGGCCGGUCGAGUCUAUGGUUUCAAAAUAUCUCCCUCGUUUUCUCCAGCCCUUUGGUGGACCAUGACAGGCACAAAUGAAUUUCAACAAUUUGGCAGGAUAGUUUUGGUGGGAAAGACUGAGAAAACAAAGGGAUUCCUAGCAGUUUCCAGUCCAUCAGAAGAGACACGUGUGGCAUUUGAUAAGCACUGGCAAGCUGGUGUAGUUCGUCUUUAUAAUGCAAAUACUCUUUUGUUGGAUACCCAACAAGACAAUCGAGGAGUUGUUGUUGAAUUGGGCGUGAGACAUGCCCUGCUCAAGCAGUUGGACGGGCGUGAGACAUCCGGUAGUCUUGGUACAUCAAUUGCUUUUCAUGAACAAGACAAGGAAGUAAGCCUUUGGGUAGGAGAGCCAAUGUCAGAACAAGAGAAUGGACGGGUUUAUCGAUGGAUUAUACAGAAAGACUCAAUUCAAUGUCUUUAUAAUACACCUAGUUUGGCACGGUUUGGGUCUCACAUUGGACAUACUGGAACAAACGCAAUGAGUGUUACAUCCCAGCACUACAGUGACAAGGCUAGGUUUUCUGGAGCAAUACAUUUGAUUCAACCAAGAGCUUAAAAUACACAUUUAUACACAUACACACACAAACGUAUCUAUACAUAUCUACAUAUAAUUACCCGCUUAUUUUCUCUUUCUUUUAUACUCACAUCCAAUAUAGUGUAUGAAUAGUGUGUAUAUAAACAUCAAUAUAGCUACAUCACCAACAGAAGAAACUCUUUUUUUUACAAGUGGAAUGAAACAGUAUCAUUGAUUAAUGUGCAAUAAUUAUGUAUUUAAUGGUGAUAAUGAUGUUAUGGUACAAUAUGAUGAUUAUGAUGACUAUGAUUAUAGUUAGAGCUAUGAAGAAGAAGAAGAAGAAGAAUAAGAGUAAAGGAAAUACCC